AUCUUCCUCAUAAACCCUACUCUCUCUUCUUUUCCCUACCACAAAAAACAAGAGACCAGUAGCUUCUGUAGAAAUGGGUAGCGAUAGCGAAGUAGAGAAAAGUGCACAAAAGGAGAAGAAGAAGCUGUUGGCCUUAGCCCCUAUUGCCAAGCCCCUUGCUGGAAAAAAACUCAACAAACGUAUCUUCAAACUUGUUCGCCGAGCUGCGGAGAAAAAGUGUUUGAAGAGGGGCGUUAAAGAGGUGGUAAAGAGUAUUCGACGCGGUCAAAAAGGAGUGUGUGUCAUAGCUGGAAAUAUAUCUCCUAUAGAUGUCAUCACCCAUGUUCCAAUCCUGUGUGAAGAAGCUGAGAUACCAUAUGUCUAUGUCUCCUCAAAAGAAGAUCUAGCAAAUGCCGGAGCCACCAAGCGGCCAACUUGCUGCGUUUUGGUACAAACAAAACCUGCCAAGGGGGGACUUAGCCAGGAUGAUCAAGAGAAACUGAAAGCUGAUUAUGAUCAAGUUGUAUCAGAAGUCGGUGAAAUGGCAUCCUCGAUGUUCUGAUUAUCAACAUUAUGAUAUUGAAGUUUGUACCUAUUUCUCCUGUACUCAGCUUUUGUAACGAAUCUAGUAUUUAAUCUUUUGAAGCUGAGCUGCGCCUUUUCUUAACUUUGCGUCUAGAUUCUGUAAUGUCGUCCAAAGGUGCUGCUAUUUAUUCAUAUCCAAGUAUUCUCCAUUUUGUGUGUGA